CGGGGUUCGGGCGCCGGGUUAACCCUUCGCCGAGGCAGCUGCGUGCACUAGGCCGGAGCAGCCCCCAUCCGGCGGGGAGGCCCGGGGCACUGCGCUCCCCUGGUCGCGAGCUUGGGCCGGGGGCGCCCGCUUCUGCUCCUUCGUCCCCUCGCUCCCGGACCCGGGCCGGGCUCCAGUUUUGCAGAGAGCCCGCUCGCCCAGAGGCCCGAGGGGAAGCUGGGGUUGCCUGGGUUAGCGGGCCGAGGGAGAUUUGCACCGGUCCUCCUGCGAGCAUUCCCCUGCCCUGCAGCUGGCAGCUUGCACCCGUUGCCUCCCCGGCCCUGCGGUUGCGCCCAGACCUCCAACCUCUGGGAGUAUUGUGCCGCCCGAGAUAAAAUGCAUCGGUGUAUACCCGAACGACACUCACCCCAGAGGAUAAGAUGGUCCAAGUCAUCUGCAGCUCUCCUCAAAAGAAAAGUCACUAGUGCUCUGCUCUUGCCGUCAUACCAAACCUUCUGACUUACGCUUUGGUGCUGCCACACUGGAAGAAUUGCAUACAGCCUCCAGGAACACCUUUUUUUUUUUUUUUUUUUUUUUUCCAUUUGAGUGAUUCUUUGUGGAUGGAAAAAGAUUGGAAUCUUAAUAAUUACCCUGUUUUGAAGCGAUUUCUCUACAGUCUGAACUGCGUCCUCCCUCGGGCCCCUGACCCAUGAGCCACACAGCCAGCUCUCGGCAGGGGCCGGGAGACAGCUGCGCCGUGCCUGCAGCAGGAAUGGCACAGGAAGACAGCCGUCGUGCUCCAGUGCCGCCUACCUUUUAUCAUGGUGCCAACCAAGAACUUGACCUGUCCACCAAAGUGUACAAAAGGGAGUCAGGAAGUCCUUACUCGGUGUUAGUGGACACCAAGAUGAGCACGCCCCAUCUCCAUGAAGCGGAGGAACAGCCGUAUUUCAGGGAGCCAAGGGCAGUGUCUGACGUGCGCGCUGUCAAAGAAGACCGGGAGAAUUCCGAUGACACGGAAGAGGAGGAGGAGGAGGAGGAGGAGGAGGUCUCUUACAAAAGGGAGCAGAUCAUAGUGGAGGUAAACCUUAAUAAUCAAACAUUAAAUGUAUCUAAAGGGGAAAAGGGUGUCUCUUCUCAGUCCAAAGAGACUCCUGUUCUUAAGACAAGCAGUGAGGAGGAGGAGGAGGAGAGUGAGGAAGAGGCCACCGAUGACAGCAACGACUACGGGGAGAACGGAAGGCAGAAGAAGAAGGAGAAGACGGCGGAGAAGGCCAGCGUCACCCAAAGGAGAACCAGGAGGGCCGGCUCCGUGGCUGCGGCGACCGCAUCCCCGACUCCCAGGACUACGAGAGGGAGGAGGAAGAGCGCAGAGCUGCCCAAGCGUAAGAAACGGGCCGCCAAGGAGCCCAGAGCGCCCGUCCAGAAAGCUAAGUGCGAAGAGAAAGAGACUCUGACCUGUGAGAAGUGCCCCAGGGUGUUUAAUACGCGCUGGUACCUGGAGAAGCACAUGAACGUUACUCACAGGCGCAUGCAGAUUUGUGAUAAGUGUGGCAAGAAGUUUGUCCUGGAAAGUGAGCUGUCCCUUCACCAGCAAACAGACUGUGAAAAAAAUAUUCAGUGUGUUUCCUGUAACAAAUCAUUCAAGAAACUCUGGUCCCUUCAUGAGCACAUCAAGAUCGUCCAUGGAUAUGCAGAAAAGAAGUUUUCCUGUGAAAUUUGUGAGAAGAAAUUCUAUACCAUGGCUCAUGUGCGGAAACACAUGGUUGCACACACGAAAGACAUGCCAUUUACAUGCGAAACCUGUGGAAAAUCGUUCAAACGCAGCAUGUCUCUCAAGGUGCACUCCUUGCAGCAUUCUGGAGAGAAGCCCUUCAGAUGCGAGAACUGUGACGAGAGGUUCCAGUACAAGUACCAGCUGCGCUCCCACAUGAGCAUCCACAUCGGCCACAAGCAGUUCAUGUGCCAGUGGUGCGGCAAGGACUUCAACAUGAAGCAGUACUUCGACGAGCACAUGAAGACACACACUGGAGAGAAACCCUUUAUCUGUGAAAUCUGUGGCAAAAGCUUCACCAGCCGCCCCAACAUGAAGAGGCACCGCCGAACUCACACAGGCGAGAAGCCCUAUCCGUGCGACGUGUGUGGCCAGCGGUUCCGCUUCUCCAACAUGCUCAAGGCCCACAAGGAGAAGUGCUUUCGGGUGACCAGCCCCGUGAACGUGCCGCCUGCUGUCCAGAUCCCACUUACGACGUCCCCGGUGACCCCAGUUCCAUCUGUGGUGAACACCCCCGCCACCCCCACCCCUCCGAUCAGUAUGACUCCCGUGAGCACUCUCCCCCCGCGGCCCAUUCCCCACCCCUUCUCGCACCUCCACAUCCACCCACACCCCCACCACCCACACCACCUCCCCAUCCCUCCGGUCCCCCACCUCCCCCCACCUCCAGCUCUCUUUAAGAGCGAGCCCUUAAAUCACAGAGGCCAGGGUGAGGACAACUUCCUGCGGCACCUGGCCGAGAAGAACAGCUCAGCGCAGCAUCACUAACGCCCUUCUCCCCGCGUGCGUUGUCCGCGAGCCGGGCGCCCGCGUGCGAGUGCGGAGACGGGGCUGGCGGGCUCUUCCCGAGCUGUCAGACCCCCCGGCCUCCGCCGAGAGCCGCUCACGGUCCGGGCGAGCCGACGCGCCGAGGGGGUGAACGCCAAGACUACCUGGAGCUCGCGGAGGGAACGGUCAUCCAAACCAGGGGAACCACCGAACUAAAGGCCACUUUGCUGGCAUUUUCUGAUGACUUUUAUAAAUUUCAAAUACUCAGACUUGUGGAAUUUUAUAAUUUCCUAUCAGCUGAUGAGGUAUGCCUGCUUUUAUAUCCCGGACUUCUCCUCAAAGAGGGGACAGGCCUGGUUUCCUUUGUACUAAUCGGGAAGGCUGUGAGAUUAACCCAGAGCAUUAAUUGUAUCACUGUGUAUCCGAACAAAUUCUUUUCAGCUUUUGGUGCUGGCUUCCCCACGGAGCCGGCCGUCUUUCCCAGUCUAUCCAGCAUUAGAGAGAAAGACGGGAAGUUUCUUCUUUGUGUAGCUCUCCUAACGCACUCUUUAUUUUACUACAGAAAUUAUUUUAGAGUUUUUGUAUAGACUUCUUUAGUGGUCUGUUUCUAAAAUGAAAUGUAUUUCAAUCAGCGGUGUAAUUUUUUCAGUGUAGCUGGGCCUAUGUUGUAAAAUAGAAAAAAAAAUUUUAUAAUCAGCAAAAUGUGAUUCUUAAAGAUGCAUAUAACUUCUAUAGUUCAAAGUUAUUCUUACAUCCGUACAACUCAAAGGUGCUUCAGAGACUAGCUGUAUCCGAGAGGGUCUCCAGACACCAGGUUUCUGCCCGAGGACGUUCUGCUUUCAGAUCUCCACCCCACACUCAAGUGUCAGUGCGUUAGGCUCACUGACAUGCCCCUUCCCGGCCUCCGCGUUUCACUCGGUGGGGUCACCACGUGAAAGGGAACGAUUUGCAGGGAGUCGCCUCUUUCCCCGGGGAAGUCACCCAAAGCUUUUGUGGGUUUUAAAAACCCAAGUCAAGCUGUUCCCCAUCAGGAGGAGGAAGCAGUGGGGGUUGUGUGUCCUGAGUCCUGUCUGUUUCUCACUGUCCCCGGGCCUUGCCCGUGUUCUACCUGUGGCGAGGACGAAUGGAAGUCUCACGAUACACUGCUCGUUUUGAGGUUGCUGUGUUUUUCUAGAAUUGUUGUGGCCAGAUAAAAAUAGUACACUAAAAUCACAAACGUGAUGUUGCUGACAGGAGCUGAGAAGUUGGGAUGAGAACAAACUGACUAUGACUUUUCAAAUAUGUCUCUUCACCGGCUGUAUCCACAACUUCGAGCUGUUCUCUCACAGUUUAAAUUGUAGCAAGGGAAAGAAAACUCCUGCAUUUUGCUGCCCUGUUCUCUGCAGAUAAUUAUGUGACAGCAGUGUCCACAGGUGGUGAGGGCAGCGUCUCUAAUGCCUCUAAGACAGGUUUACUUUUCCAGGUUUGGGAAGCUCCGUGAGAGCAUGAUUGAUCAGGAGCUUGUAUAGGAAGGGCUGAAGAGAAGGGCUAACCUAUUGCUCGUCUUUAACUGAUCCGAUUUCUCUAGACUCAGUCAGUAUAGCUGAAAAUUGUGUUUUUUGGUUUUGGGUUUGUUUUUCUAAUCUCAGAGAACUGAGUUCCAAAGCUGGGUCUGCUUUUCUUUCUCUCUCUCUCUCUCCCCCUCUCUCCCUCCCUCCCUCUGUGUUUUUAAUCUGGACAUUUCUUCAUUUUUCUUUCCUCAGGUGCUUAGAUCAUUGCCUAAAUCAGAACCCUGGCUUUUAUUUAUUUUUAAUAUUAAAUGUGCGGAUAUGCCUCAAGCACUUUUCUGGCUGACUAGCUCUGUGGUAGGAAAAAAUGGAACUCUCAAGUGAGGUCAAGACCCUAUUUUGUAAAUACCACAUUCUCUACUAGGUUUUUGGUUUUAGAUUUCCUCACUUUUUCCUUCUGAUUAUUGCCUUUCGUUCUAUGAUGAGCAUAGGAAAAUUUUGGAAUGAGGCAGAAAAGUAUCCAAAGACCUACUUUUCUUCCUGUUUGUGGAUGUAAUUUCUAAAGAAUGUUAUUUUGAAACUUUGUAUAGGGUUUUUGGACACCCAGGUACCCAAACCAGUAAGGAAAGUUAAUUUCUUGUUUGUGACUGUUAUAAAGUGGUUGCCUCCCUUUCCUCCACACUCUCCUUCCCACUCCAUUGACAGGUUUGUGGAUGGAUCUACACUUUCAUGUAGACAUGUCAUUACUUAAUGGCCAAACCUAUGAUAUUAAGAUGGUUUUUAAAAAGCUGUUAAUUGGUUACAGUACCUUAUUUUGUUCUACAUACAUUUACCAUUUGGGGCAACAAUUCUGAAUUCUAGACUUGAGACCAUUGAAUCAACUAUUUUAUGAAGUGUACUAUCAUUAUACACUGGAAAAUUCAGGUAGUCCUAUUUGAUUUUUUCAUCCAAGUGAAUAUAGCCAUAAGAAAAUGCCUACUACAUAGGAAAACCAGUAUUAAGCAAAUAAUCACCACCACCCUUAACAGAAGCAAAAAAAAAGUCAAAAAAAAUUUUUUUAAUCAGCAUCAUCACAUAAUACAAUUCACAGUGAAAUGUAUUGUGGAACAAUGUGGAAGCUUCUAAUUUUUUUUUUUUUUUUUUUAAACCCUAGAUAGGUAUACCUUCCCUGACCUGGGGUUUGUGGUCUUCAGGAACACUGCUCAGAACACAAUGACUCCUCAUCAGUGUCAUAUAUCACAUAUAAAUAAUGAAAUUCAUUAAGAAUAUUUGCAACAUUCAUGUUUCUGAACCCAAGAACUGCAGGAUUAAGCCUUAAACAUAUAUGUGCAUCAGGUUGAACGUGCUUAAGACUCACACUCAGGGUUGGAAAUCUGAUUGGGGUCCUUCACUAAGAUGAGAGUUGCAUUCUGGUGUGUUCCCUCCGACAGUGAGCACAGCUCCCUGUGACUUGAGAACUUCAUGCCUGCUUGCUAUCUGUUCAUGACAAAAAGAACCAUGGAGGGGUUUGAGUUCCCAGCCCUUCUCUGACCUUUGUCUUUUAAGACAAACCAAGGCCACACUUCAGCGUUAUAUAGAUAUCCAAUUGAGGCUCUUUUCUCAUUUUUUGAUUUUACUGUCUUCAAAGGCUUCUAUUGCUGGUAGGGUUAAGGCUUACUGGAGGAAAAUUCCCCAAGGACUUUCUUGAGUUGACAUUACUUUUUUUUUUUCUUUUCCUUGUUCUAGUCUUUUCUCAUAGAUUUAGCAUUCAGAUAUAAACUCUUCCUUAGCCUUAACGAAAGACUGCAUGCUGCUUCCUCAGAUCGAGUCAGGUAGGCUCAUCCUGAGUUAGACUUUUUUAAAAUUUAAAUGAAAAAAAUAAGACGAGCAGUUUAAAGGCACGUGGCUUCAUUUCCCUGUAUAUUUGUGAUUUGAUUCUUUCUUUUUAGCAAGCAGGGAGGCUCCACAUAAGACUUUAUGGGAGUUCCGAGAAAUCUUUGCAAAUCAGUUAUUUUACUUCCCCAGUCUACCGUUUACGUGAAUUGGUCUAAAUUAAUGACUGAGCAUGCCAUGACCGUGGUUGUACGAUCUUUUUAAAAACUACCUUUGUUGGAAGUACCUUUUCAUUUGUGGUUAGAAGGCUCCCUGUAAUUUGAUUGUCCCUAGGAAACUAACUGAAGGCAAAAAGCCCACUGAAGAAAUGCUUGUCGACUUUGAAUUUUCUCGUUCUUGAAAUUGUUUUCAGUUCUUCUGUUUGUCGAAUGGAUAUGUGUGUUUCUCUUUUACAUCACUGGAGGUUUUACAUUUUGAGAAGCUCAGGCAGACAUAGAAAUCCGUUGCCGAUGGUUAUUUAUUUUCCCCAUCUUGCAGAUCUCAGUCAGUGAAGCAGAGUGGUAGGUGGGAUGUUAUCAUAAAAGAGAAGAGGAAGAAGAAAGGAGAAAACAAAAGUUAGGGAAACCCUUCCGUUUCAGCUACUGUAUAGAAGGAACAACUUGUAUGAGCCACAUGGUGAACAUUUCCGUGCUGUUCUAGACGGUACGGGAAGUGGCUCCUGAAAAGGGGGAUAAGUUUCACUUAAGAAUUUUAGCAACUAUUCUACCGUGACAAAAACCCACUCUCUUGGAAUCCUUCAGACGAUAAAAUUGAGCAAAUAGAUACUGGGUUCUAAUUUCUUUUUGCCUAAACCAAGAUAGGAAAUUUCCCAAAAGACCAUUUCUUUUCAGGAAUGAAAGGUCAUUAAGCCACUGGAGAGAGUGGCAUUUUUAUGCAAUAAGAACAACCGAACUCCCCUGCUCCUGUCACCUGUAGCACGUGUACUCAAUGACAAUGGCCUUCCAGCCCUGGACACUACCUCGAUAAAGCAAACCAGAGAUCCUCCCCACACUUUCUAUGGAAGCCAUAAAAGUUGCCAUCAAUAUGUCCACUUUCAUAGUUCUCUACUUUUAUACUCUCUAGACUUUUUAUAGACUCUAUGAUCAGAUCUUUUUGUCUUAGAGGAUAGGUUUUGCAAGAUUCAAAGGAAAAGCAAACUUCCUGGUUGUCCCAACUCUGAAGCCUUAGCUUCAGUAAAUUUGUCUAAAGAACCAGAUAAUGUGCCAUUUAUCCAAUUCUUGAUUUGAAGUCACAGCUGUUUCGCAGAGUGGCAUAUCCAGAAAACAGACUUCUCUUUCUUAUUCCCUAAGCAGAAACUAUAUUUGUUGUAAGAAACUACUUAUAAAGUGGAUUUCUACUACCUUGUUACUCUAUGUAUUCCUCGAUAAUAUAUGUAUUGUCACAACGUU